AUGGACAUUGUAUUUAAUGGAUCUGCACGCCAAGAUGGUGCAAGAAUAGGAGUUGUGUUGAUAUCCCCAGAAAGACUAAUCUUGUCAUUUUCAUUUGUUUUAGAUGAAACAUGUUCCAACAACACCGCAGAGUACCAAGCUUUGAUUGUGGGCCUUGAAAUGGCGUCAGAUAUGAAGAUUCCGCAAUUGAAUAUCUAUAGUGACUCAAAGGUGAUCAUCAAUCAACACUUGGGAAGUUACAAGAGAAGAAAAUCGCAUGCAGAUGCUUUGGCUAACUUGGCCACAACAAUGGCACUCAGAGAGAAUAGGGCAACAAAGGUGCGUGUAUGUCAUCGAUGGGUUAUUCCUGGUUGUCUUGAUCUUCAAAUCAAUGAAAGCCACCAUACAUUGAUUCGAGUGGUUGAAGAAGAAGAUUGGAGGAAACCACUGAUUGAGUAUCUCGAACAUGGAAGGCUUCCUGAGGAUCUACGAAAAAGAGCAGAUAUUAAGAGAAGGGCACCACGAUUCAUAUUUCACCAAGGAAUAUUGUUUCGUCAUUCUUAUAAGGGACUAUUUUUGUGGUGUCUUGAUAAAGAAGAAGCUCAACAAACAAUGGAGGAAGUGCAUUCUAGCAUAUGCGGAGCACACCAAUCAGGGCCUAAACUUUUUUUUUGGCAUCAAGAGUACGAGCUACUAUUGGCCAACAAUGGUGAUGGAUUGUCUAGAGCAUGUCAAAAGGCUAAAGCCGUUCCAUUAAAAGAAGUGGAGAAGGAAAAUGUUGUUGCUUUUAUCAAGUCAAGCAUAAUUUUUAGAUAUGGAAUACCAAGAUGCAUAGUUACUUAUAAUGGAACACCCUUUAACAAAAAGCUCAUGAGGAGUUUGUGUGAGAAGUUCAGUUUUAAGCAACAUAAGUCUUCAGUGUAUAAUGCACCUGCCAAUGGUCUUGCUGAAGCUUUUAACAAGAUACUUAGGAACUUGUUGAAGAAAGUAGUUGCGAAGAAUAAAAAGGGCAGGCAUGAGAGGAUUGGUGAAGCUUUUUGGGAAUAUCAUACAACCUUUAGAAAUGCUACACAAGUGACUCCGUAUUCAUUAGUGUAUGGCGUAGAAGUAGUCCGUCCAUUGGAGAAGUACAUUCCAUCAUUGCGAAUAGCAAUCCAAGAGGGACUUACAACUGAAAAUAAUGCACAACUUCGUCUAGCAGAGUUGGAGGCAUUAGACGAGAAGAAAUUGGAAGCAUAA